AUGCCUCCAUUUCGCGCCGCCGUUGGUCCGUUUCGCAUGAAGCUGGCUACCUUUUCCUGUUCAAAGCUCAAUCUUCGCGAGCUACAGCUACCAUUGACGGGCGCUGCUCAUGUCGGAAACUCUCCCCAGACGGCCAGCCAGCUCCACCACGGGUUCUCGUCAAUCGAGUGCGUCUACGAUAUCGCUCCGGGGGAAGAUUUCAAGCCGAUCUCCCAGGCGGACGAGAUCCGUAACCUGCGCGAUGAGAUCCGAGAUUUGAAGUCACGACUGGAAAAUUCGAGUCCGUCGCAACGACGCUUGAAACAGCUGCGCAGUCUCUUUAAUACGAUCCGAUCCGCGCCAGAAGAUGUGUUGGAGCGUGUUAUCGCCGAGAUCAGAGGGGAGGAUUCGAGUCGGCGGGACCCGCCUACCGAACCAUGGACGGAAGAACGAGCAGCAUAUAAUGAGACCAACAACGUCGGCGGAGAUGGUAUAUCCGGCGCGGACGGGGAGCACGAGCUGUUGAUAGUUCCACGUAGGUUUAGCCGAGGAUCGUCCGAAGAUAGCGAUACCGUUGACUCUGCCUAUGGGUCGAUUUGUCGCAUGGAUUCGUCGUCAUCGGUGCUGGAUAUCUUUAUUGAGCGGUUUGUCGAUGCUUUCAGUCCUGAAGUUGAUGCCAAAGCUGGCGAGGCUGGCGCGAUACGACGAGCUGCCGAAAUUCGCAUGUUUUCGCCCAUCCUUCGCGAUGCCUUCGACUCCGUCAGUCAUUCCUUCUUCGGGCGUUCUGUGCAGAAUCAAACAAUCGAGGUUAAGGGGUUUUCGGGGUAUCCUCGCGUUCUGCGGAGCUUACAGGAAGCUCUACUGGACCCAGAACGCAGUAAGGCGGAGUCCACGCUGGCCACAGUUGUCUUAUUGAUGGCUUUCGAGAGCGUGGAACGCACUGGCCAAGAAUCGUUGAUAGCCCACGUUCUGGGCGCGUUGCGUCUGAUCCAGCAUCGAGGCCCAGAAAACCAUAUGUUUGGCGUGGAGCACCUCAUUUUCACUGAACUUCGUCCGUAUUGGGUCUCAGCAUCAUUUACCGCCCGAAAACCGUCGUUUCUUGCGCGGGAGGAAUGGAAGACAGUGCCCUGGUCAGCCGGCACAACUCCGAAAAACAUCCUUCAUUACUUGCUCGAUUUGGCGGUCGAAAUACCGGGAAUCCUAUCACAGCACGACGAGCUACAAGUCGGGAUCCAGUCGAAUAUCCUCAGUGCGCACGAGAGGUCUGUAAAACAAACCGCGUUCUGGAAUGCAGUCGGGGACCUCACAGAUCGCUUCGCCUUAUGGAAAAUUAACUGGGUGGACGGCUACCCUGACGGCCCACCACGAGAGGUUCCCGCGGCGGAUGAGAGCGAGGCCUCUUUUCCAGUAUUCCGCUGUCGAGACCUCCGCACGGGCGCCGUUAUCACGCCUACGAAAUUUGAAUACCCCGACCUCCUGUUGACACAGACUAUGUGCAUUUACUAUACCUCCUGUCUCAUAUUAUCUUCCGUCGAUACGCGGCCGACAGACCGUAUCAGCCCAAUAGAGCAGUAUCAGCUCGCCUGCGGUAUCUGCCGUAGCCUUGAGUGGUACAUUCUUAAAUCCCCCGGUAAUAUGAUCAACCGGCUUGCCUUUCCCGUUCGUGUCGCCUGGGAGGCAUUCCCAGAUGGUGGUCCCGAACGCAGAUUCCUUUGGGAAGUUCUGAAACUGGUCGAGAAGCGUCACUCCUUGGCACUUUGGGGAAGCGGUAUGGCGGAGCUUUCUGUACGGCACAACUCGCCUCCUAGGACGAGCGUCUAAGUGUUGGUGCACUUCCGACACGGGUGGCUACGUGUAUGAGUGACGACAUUUAGUUGGAUUUGGGUUUGGAAAUAGAAGUCUGCCUGUGAAUAGUGAUAUGAUGUAUAUAGACACCGCGCAACGUCGAAGCAGCUGGCAUCUGGAAUGACAUGCGCAUCCUCUGGG